AAGUAGUAGUAGCGGCCAAGUCCACACCGAGACAUCACACAAACAUCCCCGUCGCGUGGACUCGCGAACCCCAAUUCCCCUCUCCCCUCCCACCCAACCUCGCCGUCGCCGUCGCCGUCGCCGCCGUCUCCGCCGCUCGAUUUCUCCCCGCCCCCCACGCAGUCCAGAGCGGAUCGAAUGCGUGGCCCUCGCCGCCCGUAGCCUACCCCGGCCCGGAACGGCGAGCGCAGCCAGUCCCUCCUCGCCGCAUCCGGAUCUCCGCAUGCGCCACGUCCGCGGCGGGAUCUAGCGGCGUCGCACCCCCCGGAGGUUGUAGAAGGGUUUCCGGGAUUUGGGGGCGCCGGGGGGUAUGGCGACUGAGGCGUCCACUUCGGCGGCCGCCGGUGCCGGGGGCGGGAGCUGGGUGGAGGGGAUGUCGGCCGACAACAUCAAGGGGCUGGUGCUAGCGCUCUCCUCCAGCUUCUUCAUCGGCGCCAGCUUCAUCGUCAAGAAGAAGGGGCUCAAGAAGGCCGGCGCCUCCGGCGUCCGCGCAGGCGUUGGAGGUUACUCCUACUUGUAUGAACCAUUGUGGUGGGCUGGAAUGAUUACAAUGAUUGUUGGAGAAGUAGCUAACUUUGCAGCAUAUGCCUUUGCUCCUGCUAUCUUAGUAACCCCACUUGGUGCGCUAAGCAUCAUCAUCAGUGCUGUUCUUGCAGAUAUUAUGUUGAAGGAGAAGCUUCACAUAUUUGGUAUACUUGGUUGUGUCCUCUGUGUUGUGGGUUCAACAACCAUUGUGCUUCAUGCGCCGCAGGAGCGUGAAAUUGAUUCUGUAGCUGAAGUGUGGGCUCUUGCUACUGAACCAGCCUUUCUAUUUUAUGCAGUCACUGUGCUUGCUGCGACUUUUGUGCUCAUAUUCCGCUUUAUCCCCCAAUAUGGUCAGACACACAUUAUGGUGUAUAUUGGUGUUUGUUCUCUUGUAGGGUCUCUCUCGGUCAUGAGUGUGAAAGCACUUGGAAUAGCCUUGAAACUGACUUUUUCAGGAAUGAACCAGCUAAUCUAUCCACAGACAUGGAUGUUCACCAUUGUUGUUGUUGCAUGUAUACUAACUCAGAUGAACUAUCUAAACAAGGCUCUUGACACAUUCAAUACUGCAGUUGUUUCGCCUAUAUAUUAUACAAUGUUUACAUCACUAACCAUUUUGGCUAGUGUGAUAAUGUUCAAGGACUGGGAUCGUCAAAAUCCAACUCAAAUUGUGACAGAGAUGUGUGGUUUUGUUACCAUCCUUUCUGGGACGUUUCUUCUUCACAAGACGAAAGAUAUGGUCGAUGGACUCCCACCAACUCUACCUAUCCGAAUACCGAAACAUGAUGAAGAUGGCUAUGCGGCUGAAGGCAUCCCCCUCAGGUCUGCUGCUGAAGGCCUCCCUCUUAGGUCACCAAGAGCAGCAGAAUGAUUUUGACCAGCGAACUGCAAGCAAUCCCAGCCAUUCUUUCAUUCCAUACAAAUUGUAGAUGUACUUUAGGUCUUAUAAGGUAAAAGCUCGGCUCCCCUGUAAUUUUUGAGACAUCGGUACAGAUUGGGGAUAGAUACCCCUUAUACAUCUCAAGAUACCCAGAAUGGGUUAGAAUCAAAAAGGUUUUUUGGAUGUAAAUCCCGGGUGAUGGUCUGAUAGAUGCAUAUGCCGUUCUUUGGAACUGUUGUAUUCUUUGAAAUGAACAAUUAGAAGUAGGAAGAGCAACUCCAAGAAGAUACCAUUGCUGAUUUCCGUCAAGAACCUUUUUUUUUUACCUCCCCUUCA